AAAUACUUUUACUUAUCUUAGAAUGUUUAGACAAGGACUUUCAGAUUUAUUUUGCAGUAAUAAUGUCAAUAGUAGUACUAGCUGAUAUGCACAUGCAAACAUCGGAUGCUUGCGCCCGCAAUAUCUGAAAUCAUAACAUUGGAUUUCCUUUGAUCCUCUUCGAUACCGGUUGUUUAAGCGCUGUAGGGCAUUAAGAAAUUUGCAAGUUUAAAAGCCACUUUACGAACUCUUUUUGUCUCGCUAAAAUUGCUUUAUUCGUGGUUUAUAUGGUUGAUGUGUGAAUGACAUCACCUUGAGCGGCACUCGCGGCGACAGAACGCGGCGAAACCAUUGAAAAAUGGCGGAGAGUUUCCUGAAAACAGGCUGUAUUUCGAUGCAAAUCAACCGAGCAGAACUUCAGAAGGUUCGUGUGAAGCUGUCUCGUGAUGCCUUGACAAUUCAGAAGGAGGGAAGAGUAUCUCCUUCGUCCUCUCCAAUCAACCAGCCAGAGAGCACAAAUGGCAAACUUGAUUCCCCAACAUGGAAGAAGUCUCCAUCAGGGAGCACAAGUGAUGAAGCUUCAUCCCCAACUCAAAAGAAGCCUGCUCCUCCUUCAGGGGAGAGGAAAGUCAAGCUAUCAAGGAGAAAAGUUGGGGGACUUGGUAUGAGCAUAAAGGGAGGCCGGGAAAGCAAUCUACCAAUAGCUAUUUCAAGAAUAUAUAAAGACCAAGCAGCUUAUGAGACACGCCGACUUCACGAGGGAGAUAUAAUACUGGAGGUCAAUGGACAAAGCAUAAGGAAAGCCACACAUGACGAGGCUGUAGCAGCUCUCAAGAAGGGUGGUUCAGAGAUUGAACUGACUGUUAUUCACUCCUUAUCCAGCUCAUCAGCAGUUGAAGAAAGCACACUGACAGCAGGAAAUACCUCUGAAGUGAGUCAGUCAAGCAUAUCAAAACAAGCAAAUGGAAUAGUCAGAAGCAUUGAGGAGUCUUCAAGUGAUGCGGAAUUUAAAGAAAACAGUAGUCAAAAGUCUUCUGAAAUUGGGGAAACAGAUUCUAACUCCUCUCUUCAGAGUUGGACAGACAAUAUUGUGCUUCCACUGACAUUUGCGUCAAUAUCAAGAUAUAAGACAGGGGAAGAUAGCCUGAGGAGUAAUGCAUUUGAAGUUAGCUCAAUGGAUGGUGGUGCCUCUGUAGUGCUUUACAGCGAGAACUAUGUAGAGCUGUUGUCAUGGUAUUCAGCAAUCAAGGACCGAGUAGUUAUGCUGUUGGAGCAGUCAGUGAACAUGUCCAACUCAUCACUACCCUCAUCUGAGCAGGUUACAUUCAUGGGCUGGGUGUGGGAAAGAUUGAGAUCUACCAACCAUUGGAAUGUUUGGAAAAGAAAGUUUUUAACACUCAAGGGCUCAGAGCUGCAGAUUUUUGAAAUGCCUCCUGUUGUUACAAGAGACUGGCUUAAAAGUGAAAUUUCUUAUAAUUUGAUGGAACUUGUCUGUCACAUUUGUAAGGAAGAUGAACUACUCGACAAAAGAGAACAUUGCUUUUGCCUCCAGUCCAGUUCAGGCGGGAGCCACUACCUUGGAGUUGACACAGAAGCUGAUCUGACAGAGAUCGUUAACAGAGUACAGAAAUCCACCCAUCAAGCAGUCACUGAAAUUGAGUCUCGAACAUUUCCCGGAAAGUGGCAUGGUCAGAGUGUGAAACUUGUUUUUGAUCUCAAAAGAGGGCUGCGACUUUACAGUGCGUCUGACAGGUCUCUCCUGUGGCAAUACCGGUUCUCAUUUCUUCGUGGCUCAUCUGAUGAUGGUUUUCGAAAGAUUGUGUUGUUGUUUUCUGCUUCUCCAGCUGGUCCUUUUGACAGACAGGAGUUAGAAUUUACAAACAUGCAGCAGGUGUUAACAGUGAUGCAUGCCUUCUAUGCUGCCAAGGUCGCUCAAGUUGACCCAAACUUCUCUUUUGACAAUAGUUUUUAACUGUCACACUUGAGAUGAAGAACACUGGAGAGAGGACAUUAAAUGACAUAUGCAGCCAAUACUAGAACACUAGACAGUACUCAACAUCUAGAUUAUUGUGACCAUGGAAGUGAUGGAUGAAUGUGGAAACUCUUUAUGAAAGAAGUGAACAUUAGUUUAUCAAUUUGAAAGGAGCAAAGAUUGGACUUUGAAGAGUUUGAAAUAGGUGACAAAUACAUGCAGGGGGUUUUAGAAACGGUGACAGUGACACAAAGGACAACACCUAGUUGAAAAUGAAUUUUUAUUAUAUGGCUAGCUCCGUGAGUGGGCAAGAUGAAUCAAAUACUGUGCUGUGAUUGGCUACCCGAGCGGGCAAAAAGAAGUUAGCUUGCCUGCUCAGGACUACCCACUGUGUCCCACAAGACAAAAUUUCCCCGAAAGCCAUGUAAUAAAUCCUUUAUUGACCAAACUUGUUCGGUCAAGAUGGCUGGAUAUUGGCCU